AUGAAGUGUGUGGGGAAGAAACCCCAGCCUCAACGGCCACAGCAGGCCAGCAGCCAACCCAACCAAACCUCUUCCGUUUUGGAGCCAGGCCUGUGGCGUCUGCUGGCCGUCCAGGACAUGCUGCACCUGCCCAAGUUGGGCGAAGUUUUUCCAGGUCUGGGGUUCUGGAGGCAGAAUGCCUGGCAUAUUAUUGCCCUGCGAGACGAUGCAGAGAAAGAGGCGGAGGACAGGGCUCUGAAGAGUGACAUGGCUCAGCUUGAGAAGGACAUCAAGAACUCUGUCAGGGAUCUGCUCAGAGCGGCCCGAGGCCAUGCAGAUGUCAUGUGUGGUUUGAGGGCAGAGCUAGGUAUGCAAGUAGGGGAAAGUGAUAGCAUGCUAAUUAUAGGACUUGAGAAGUUUCAUAGCCAGGUAGUAGAACAGUUGCUGACCAGUCCGGAUGAUGAGCUCCUGCAUAUUCUCUACAAGCAGGUGUAUUCAAUAUUCUCCCACAAUCUGGAGAAAAUAGCAACAGAGGGAGUCGUAGUAGCCACAGACAUGAUGGAAAUAGAUGCAGAGAUUUCUCAGGGUAAUGACACAAUAAAUCAAUUGCAGCGUUCUCUGACAGGGAACAGACAAGAACCGGAUGCGCCACUUCUUGCCGAGAAGCUGAGCCAGUCACAUGUCAAGUCGUCAAAGAUAAGGCAUACCAGUAUACAACAAGAGAUCGCUCAACUGAACAGUCAGCUUAACAGUUUGAUCCUUAAAAACAGGGAGGUGGAGAGAGAAAUCCAAGAAAAAAAUGAAAAAGUGGAGACAGAAAUUGAAUACUUGCUCCAAACCUUUGAUAAUGAAAUGGAAGAAACGCAGUCCAACCUGGAGUUGAAAGGAAUGGAUUAUGAAAGGGAGGAGGAGCUGAGGAAGCUGGAGAAACCCUUUUCUGUCCUCGAGGUGGAGUGCAACCAGAUCCAGGAGAAGCGUUGCAAACUCUUUUGA